CCAAAUCUGGAUCGGAAGUAGUUUCAAGUGUUUUCUUUCUUCAGUUAAUAAUUCGUUUUUGAAUUCAAAUCUCGUUGAAAAAGAAAACUUUUAUUUUCGAAGAACUUCUUUAGCUUGAUGUGAUUAGAAGAAAGUGAUAUGACGCUGAUGGUUUACAAACAAAUUCUUAUUGGGCUGAUUUAUUUAAGCUCAAUUACGAAAUGCCAAAUACCAUCGAUCGGCGGCUGUCGCACAAUUCAGACGACGCUCAAGCUUAAAAUAGAGCAAUAUUUGGGCACAUGGUAUGAGGUUGAACGAUAUUUUACGAUCAAUGAAUUGGCAUCUCGCUGUAUCGCAGCUACAUACGAACGAAGAGCUGAUGGGAAAAUAUGGGUGAACAAUGUGAUGACGAAUCAAAUAACAAACGUUCAACAAAAUAUGUCUGGUACAGUGGAACUAACCGGGGUCGGUGUCGGUGGCGAAGCAACGUACACUAUUCAUUACACAACUCUACUGGUAAAUUACAACAUCACAAUGACCGUAUUGGGAACGGACUAUAAUAACUACGCGGUAGUUUGGUCGUGUAAUGGAAUUGGAUCGGUUGUGCAUUCAGAAUCAGCAUGGCUGAUGACGAGAAAACGAAAUCCCCCGGCUCAUGUAUUGAAAAAAGCUUACCGUGUCUUGAAACAAUUUGGAUUCUCUCGCUCAUCUUUCCUGAAAACGGAUCAAAAUAAUUGCGAUGCUGUUCCACCAGUUCUAUUUAAUAGAACAAUAGAAAUUCCACGGGAUCCAGACGAGGAUGAAGACGAGGACGAAGACUGAUCUGUGAUGCCGGGCACGAAUUCGCAGGACAAUAUUUCGAAUCAUGCUAAGUUGGUACAUUAUCUAUUUGAUCGUGUGAAAAUUGUUGUAAUAACUUUGUUCAUCCUUCAGAGGAAUUUUACCUCAAGUUUUUGAAUAAAAUACCUUACUUGACAAUGGGGCAAAUUCUUGUUUCAUACAAGAAGUACCAUUUCCAUCAUUUGCCCCAUUGCCUAGUACUGUACUAUAU